CAUGAGCAAGCGCGCCAUUGGGAGGUGUGUUGUAGCUUGCCAAUCUCUCCGACGAAACGAACAAUGCUGGCCUCUAGGACGGCAUUGAGGCGGGCGUUUGCCGCCUCGCCGGCCACGACGAUACCUGCCUUCCUUGUACCAGCUUUUCAACAGCAGCAGCAGCAGCAACCUCGCCAGUUCUCCUCAACGCCGACACGAAACUCCAAGCUCGGGCGGACGCCGGUCUCGAUCCCGCCGGGUGUGAAGCUGGCCAUCAGCGAGCCGAAGCUGAAGAAGGAUCCGACGAGCUACUUGAAGGUUUACAAGAGGACGGUUACCGUUACGGGACCUCUGGGAGAAUUGGAUCUCGAGAUCCCGCCUUUUCUCAAGAUUGAUUACGAUGUCGAGGGCAGCACGGCGGUUCUCAGCGUGGAGGACUCGAACAUCAAGGAGCAGAGCGAGAUGUGGGGCACGACAUGGGCCUAUCUCCAGCGCUACAUCAUGGGCGUCUCCGAAGGCCACACGGCGAUCCUCCGCCUCGUCGGCAUCGGUUACCGCGCGAGCGUCGAGCAGCGCGGCCGCCUGGAAGAGUUCCCCGGCCAGAAGUUCCUGUGCCUGAAGCUCGGCUUCACGCACCCGGUCGAGAUGGGGAUCCCGCGCGGCGUCAAAGUCACGGCGGCGAGCCCGACGCGCAUCCUGCUCGAGAGCAUCGACCGCGAGCUGAUGAUGAGCUUCGCGGGAAGAGUGCGCAAGUGGCGGCCGCCGGAACCGUAUAAGGGCAAGGGCGUGUUUAUCGAUGACCAGACGAUUAAGCUGAAGCAGAAGAAGAUCAAAUAGACGGAUUCUCGCGCGGUGGAAGGUGGGAUGUGGGAUGUGGGAUGUGGUGUGGCACUUCUUUGGGCUUUGCUGCAGAGUCGACUGUGGUUAUGUGUCGAUGGCAGAGCUUCUGGAGGGCUGUGUAUAGCUGUAUAUCACUGUACGGGGAUGGGAAAAGAGAAAAAAGAACAAUGUACACUAUUUAUUCUGCUGGUUCUUCAAGACAGCCGAGGG